GUCACAAACACAGAUGGAGAUGCAGUAUCCAAAAAAAGUCUCGCGACAGUUUACUUAUGCUCCGUACUGAUUUGAUUACUCUCGAUCAUCGUAACUGUAAAUUAAACGAUAAUAAACAGCUGUAUAAAUGGUACGAAAAGUUCGAAAGCUCGAUUCAGUGUCGUUAAGAAUUUUCUCGGUGAACGAACGGUUUCUCGAUGUUUUAACUUACGAGGAAAGUUCAUAAGGGAGCGAACAUGUUAAACCAAGCCGUGGUCGAAGCAUUGUAUUCUGCGACGUACAUCGAGAAUUACUUGGACUGUGUCGAAAAUUUGCCGAACGACCUUCAAAGACACGUUUCCCGGCUUCGGGAACUCGAUGCCACUUGUCAAACAUAUUUGCGUGAAGUGGAUCAACAACAAGAAGCAUUGAGAAAUGACACAGAUCUGGCAGUUAAGAGGAGAGCACUUUUAAGAGUUCAGCAAGCACUUAUUGCGGCACAAGAAAUAGGAGAUGAAAAGUUACAAAUAGUCCAACAAGUCCAAGACCUUAUUGAAAAUAAGUCUAGGCAGCUGGAUUUAGACUAUCGUAAUCUUGAUUUUGGUAAGGAACAAGAAAGUAGUGAAUCAGCACGUGAAGCAAACGCGAAUACAAACUGUAAUUCUUCUGGCAAUGCAAACAACUCUGAAAGACAGCCGAAGAGGCCUAGAAGAACUAGGACAGAGACGUUGGUCGACCCUUCAAAUGCAAUGGAUAUGAUUGUCAUGACAGAGACUCGAUCUAACUCGUUGUCAAAUGCAAGUAACGGUAAUCAGAAGAAGACGACCACCACUAAUACUAGCAAGAAAAAGAAGAGGAAGUCUAGACAAGGUAGUCAGCAGAAUCAACACCGUGAGGAUACUCCACCACCACCAGAGGAUGAUCUCGCAAUAGAUCCAGAUGAACCAACGUAUUGCCUCUGUGACCAAAUAUCAUAUGGAGAAAUGAUAUUAUGCGACAAUGACUUGUGCCCUAUCGAAUGGUUUCAUUUCUCUUGCGUUUCAUUGAGUACCAAGCCGAAAGGUAAAUGGUUUUGUCCAAAAUGUAGAGGUGACAGGCCAAACGUUAUGAAACCGAAGGCACAAUUCUUAAAGGAGCUGGAAAGGUACAACAAAGAGAAAGAGGAAAAAUCGUAGCAGGAAAAGAAACUGGUGAGCAAUUUAAGCACCUUGGAAAACUUAUCUAAAAUGACCACAGCUUUUAAAACGUACUUCGUAACUCCGAAUAGUUUUAGAAAUCCUACAAAAAAGUAUAGUGGUUUUGUAAAGAUUUCAAUGGAAUCACUCCCCUGCUAAUCGUAUUGUUAUAUAAGUAUAUGUAUGAGCUGUUUUAUAACUAACUACAGUAGAUGACGGAUUAUAUUUGUAUAAUAAUUAUUACUGUAAAUAUUGUGACAAUAUUACGUAAGUAGAGCAAAUAGAUUAUAAAAAAGAGCUAAUAGGUUUCUACUUUAAGCAAUAACAUAUAUAAAUGUUAUACAACUUUUCAAUCUACAAUAGCAGUAUUAAGAGAGAAAGUUUUAUAAUACAAAUUUUAUGUUCUGAUCAAUCAAAUCAUUU